CUAAUAGAUCUAAUGCACAGUCCCUCCCAAACGCCUCUCCUAGUCUCCCUCGCCUCAACCAUUCUCUGCAGAUAAAAAGAAUACUCCGUAUACAAAAACCCAUCGUGGGACAAGGCACCGCAACCCAUCAUCCAUUGCCGGCGGCCUGAAGAAGAACUCUACCCCUAACUCAGUCCAGCCGGAGCCUGUGCGUAUCCCGUCGCAUCUCUGAAGGUUUUGCGUGUCUGCGCUUCGUAGGUCAUGGAUAUAGGAGGGAAUUCUUUACCAUCUGGUCCAGAUGGGAAGAAGCGAAAAGUAAGUUAUUUUUAUGACCCAGAAGUUGGGAAUUAUUACUAUGGGCAGGGCCACCCGAUGAAGCCGCACAGAAUGCGAAUGACACAUGCUCUUCUUGCACACUAUGGACUUCUACAGCAUAUGCAUGUCCUCAAGCCCAAUCCUGCCCGAGAUAAGGACCUUUGCAGGUUUCAUGCGGAUGAUUAUGUUAAUUUCUUGAGAAGCAUUACUCCAGAAACACAACAAGAUAAUCUGAGGCAGCUGAAGCGGUUCAAUGUUGGCGAAGACUGCCCUGUUUUUGAUGGCCUCUACUCAUUUUGUCAAACUUAUGCAGGCGGUUCUGUUGGUGGGGCAGUGAAAUUGAACCAUGGACAUUGUGAUAUUGCUAUAAACUGGUCUGGUGGGUUGCAUCAUGCAAAGAAAUGUGAAGCUUCUGGUUUUUGCUAUGUGAAUGACAUAGUGCUUGCCAUAUUAGAGCUCCUCAAAGUGCACGAGCGAGUUCUAUAUGUGGAUAUUGACAUACAUCAUGGUGAUGGAGUUGAAGAGGCCUUCUAUACCACAGAUAGGGUCAUGACGGUAUCAUUUCAUAAGUUUGGAGAUUAUUUCCCCGGUACUGGAGAUAUACGUGAUAUUGGAUAUGCGAAUGGAAAAUAUUACUCUCUGAAUGUUCCACUAGAUGAUGGAAUUGACGAUGAAAGCUAUCAGAUGUUGUUUAAGCCGAUAUUGGGUAAAGUGAUGGAAGUUUUUAAGCCUGGUGCAGUGGUAUUGCAAUGUGGAGCUGAUUCUUUGUCUGGAGAUAGAUUGGGCUGCUUUAAUUUAUCUAUAAAAGGUCACGGAGAGUGUGUUAAAUACAUGAGGUCUUUCAAUGUGCCACUGUUGUUGGUGGGUGGAGGAGGCUACACAAUUCGUAAUGUGGCUCGUUGCUGGUGCUAUGAAACAGGAGUUGCACUUGGCAUGGAGCUUGAUGACAAGAUUCCACAGCAUGAAUAUUAUGAGUACUUUGGUCCAGAUUAUACUCUUUAUGUUGCCCCAAGUAACAUGGAGAACAAAAAUUCCCGUCAGAUGGUGGAAGAAAUAAGAGCAAAGCUUCUUGAUUAUCUGUCAAAACUUCAGCACGCACCUAGUGUGCCGUUCCAGGAGAGGCCACCAGAUACUGAAUUCCCAGAGGCUAAUGAAGAUCAAGAUGGUGAAGAUAAUCGGUGGGGUCGUGAUUUUGAUGUAAAUGAUGAUGAACGUAAAUUUCUCCCUGGACGAGUGAAAAGGGAGAUAAUUGAACCUGAAGCCAAGGACACAGACGACAUGAAAAUCGAUGAACGACCGAGAGAAGCAGAGCCGACAUUAAACCAAACAAACUUGAAGGGAUCAAUCACAGGGUCAGAAGAAAACCAUUUGCUGGGGAACUCGAGCAAAUCAUUCAGUCAACCAAUGGAUAUGAACUUAUGAAUCAUAUUGGGAGUUUGAUCUGUUCUUGCAAACUCUAAUACAGAUAUAAACUGUUUUUUGUCAACAUCAUUUUGUACCCAUUUCAUGAAUCAUCUCAAGGAAAACUCUAAGGCCAACUCCCACUUUAACCUGGACUUAUACAUGUGUAGGACAUGCGAGGUCGGUCCCUAAAACUCGUUCUCCCGAGUCCGUACUAUUUCCCUCGAGUGUAUAUUGAAAUUUUACAUUUAUUUUUGUAUGUCCGACUCAUAAUUUGUUCAUCAUUUACUUGGAGUUUAAUGGACCCCAUAUUUGCAUUUCU